UCCCUUCUUACCAAAAAAAGAGACGAGAAAAAAAUAAUUAUUUCUUCGAUAGUUUUAGCUAAUUUCUCGCCCUGGACAUGAGUGAAACCAUGUCUGAUUGGCCACAGUAUUACGAUCAAACACUUUCUGAUCCAGAAAUAUCGAAUCGCUUUCGUGUUCUGACAUCGGAAUCGCUAUUCGGCGACCCGGCUUCCGAUACUUCCGCCGUCGUCAACACUUCCACGGUCACAACGGGCUCUGCUACGGUAAGCUCGGGACUAGGUGAUGGUCCAAGUGGUGGUCAUUUGAGCCCAGAAGGCCGCGUCGGGAAGCCAGUUCGAAGACGAUCGAGGGCUUCAAGGCGAACCCCGACUACCUUGCUCAACACGGAUACCACGAAUUUCCGAGCCAUGGUUCAACAAUUCACUGGCGCACCCACUGCUCCUUUCGCGGCAGGAGGUUCCCACUCCGGCGGGCCGAAUUUCGGGGUCGGGUUCCAAGUUAACCCUAACAACUCCCUCAUGCUUCCUCCCACUGGUUUUCACUUGCAAUAUCAACAAAAUCAAUCACUCCAUCACCCCCAAAACCAGCCGUUGAUGUUUUCAUUGAACAGAAACGAUAACAAUCCCGGAACGGGGGAGGUUUACUUUCAAAGACUGGGCGGCGGCAACCCACGGGCAACCAUGGAAGGUGGCGGUGCAGUGGCGGAGGGUGUUUCCUCACAGGUUCCUGGUUCUAGAACAUCAAACUCGUCCAAUGAGAAUAGGACUAACCCUAGGCACAUGUUUUGAGAAUGUUAGGUACUGUCUUGUCUUAGGGAGAACGUAAACAUUGACCAAUGUAUAUAUUAGCAAUUAAUUAAUGGGAU